UCUCAGCUGCAGCUCAAGAGUUGUUGCUGAUAGGCAAGUCCUUGCUGGGGAAACAUGCAGAAACCCCUGGGAAUUUAGCCUUGAUCCCUUCGAAUUCGACGCUGCCAAACCUCUCCUGACCUGGACGGUCACAGUCUCCGGGAGCGAGGGAGAGCAACACUUGUGUGGAGGCAAGGACGGAACAAGAGAAGGGGUCGCAUUUGGAGGCCCCAACAUGCGGCUCCCUGCCCUGAAGCCCUGGGUUCCCAUCCUCCUGACUGACCUGAUUUUGCCAUGGUUGUUGCAGGAACGGGAAUGCACCCUAUUCCUUCCAGGGCUCUCUGGACUCUGGGUGGAGGGGGCCUUUCGGGUGGGGGUGCUGUGGGGAGUUCUAAGUUUUUUGGGGGGACUUGGGAAGGUGGGAGAAUUACUGCCUACCUUGUGCCUGAGCACCCCACUGUUCCUGUCCCUGAGGGCCCUAGUUCCAGGGGCUUUGAGUGCCCCACCUGUGCUCCCAGCCUCAGCCCCAUGGACCUGGAUGCUGGUGUCUUAUGGAGGAGUGGGACUGGGCUGGGCUGUAUGGAAGGUGUUGAGCCUCUCAGAACCCCUUCCCUCAGCACAGCAAAGCCAGAAAAACAAAGCCAUGAUGUGGAGGUUGCUGAGACUGUCUUGGCCUGACUUACCCUUCCUUGUUGCUGCUUUCAUCUUCUUGGCUGCUGCAGUCAUAGGUGAGAUGUUCAUCCCCCACUACACUGGUCGUGUGAUUGACAUUCUGGGCCAAGACUUUGACCCUGAUGCCUCUGCCACUGCCAUCUUCUUCGUGUGCCUCUUCUCCCUUGGAAGCUUAUUCUUUGCAGGCUGUCGAGGAGGUCUCUUCACCAUCGUCCUCUCCCGAAUCAACCUUCGCAUUCGGCGUCUGCUCUUUUCUUCCCUUCUGCACCAAGACCUUAGCUUCUUCCAGAAGACCAAGACAGGGGAGUUAAACUCAUGCCUGAGCUCUGACACUAUCCUGAUGAGUCGCUGGCUCCCUGGCAAUGCCAAUGUGUUCUUUCAGAACUUGAUGAAGGUCAUAGGACAAUACAUCUUCAUGCUCAACCUCUCGCCUUGGCUCACCCUCCUUUCCCUGGCUGAGAUACCUCUCUUAAUGGCUGCUGAGAAGGUCUAUAAUGCUCGACAUCAGGCAGUGCUCCGUAGGAUGCAAGAUACAGUGGCAAGGGCUAGACAGGUCGUGCAGGAGGCAGUAGGAAGCUUGAGAACUGUGAGGAGUUUUGGAGCAGAGGAGAACGAGGCCCAGCGCUAUAAGGAGGCCCUGGAGCAUAGACAGAAACUACGGUGGCACCAGGACAUGGAAUAUGGAGUAUAUCUGCUCUUCAGGCAGGGACUUCAACUAGGGAUGCAGAUAUUGAUAUUGAAUUGUGGGCUAAAGCAGAUAUUGGCUGGAGAGCUCACCACAGGGGGCCUCCUCUCCUUCCUGCUUUAUCAGAAGGAUGUUGGGAAAUGUGUGAAGAUCUUGUUGCAUGUCUGUGGAGACACCGUGAGCAAAGUUGGAGCUGCAGAGAAGGUGUUCCAAUACCUGGACUCUGAGCCACAGAUGCCCACCUCUGGAAUGCUUGCUCCUUCUACUUUGCAGGGCCUUGUGGAAUUCCAAGAUAUUUAUUUUGCUUAUCCUACCAAUCCAAAAAACUUAGUUCUCCAGGGAGUGACAUUCACUUUGUACCCUGGGAAGGUGACAGCCCUAGUAGGACCUAAUGGGGCUGGGAAGAGCUCAGUGGCUGCGUUGCUACAGAAUCUGUAUCAGCCCACAGGGGGCCGGCUGCUGCUGGAUGGGGAGCCUCUUCCACAGUAUCAGCACCAGUACCUGCACUCAUAGGUGUCUGUGGUUGGGCAGGAGCCUGUGCUGUUCUCAGGGUCACUGAGGGAAAACAUUGUCUACGGGCUGGAGAGCUGUGGGGAUGAUGAGGUGAGGGCUGCUGCCCAGGCAGCCCAUGCUGAUGGAUUCAUUGCCAACAUGGAGCAUGGGCUGGACACAGUUGUUGGGGAGAAGGGGAGCCAGUUGUCUGCAGGCCAAAAGCAGUGUCUGGCCAUUGCUCGGGCCCUGGUGCGGAAUCCUCAUGUCCUCAUCCUGGAUGAAGCCACCAGUGCCCUGGAUAUGGAGUGUGAGCAGGCGAUAAGGGAAAGGUGUAUGCUGCAGGAGGGUUGGACAGUGUUGGUGAUCGCACACCACAUACAGACAGUACAGGCUUCUGACCACAUCUUAGUGCUGGAGCAGGGGAAGCUGGUGGAGCAGGGGACCCACGCUCAGCUCCUGUCCCAGAGAGGCCUUUAUCAUCACCUGUUGCAGCAAAAGCUUGAAGACUGAAUCCAUGGAGGAAGGAGGGAACUUUUUAUAUGAGGUCUGGGUUUGGGUCAGGGUCUUGAGGAUUCAGGGCAAACAGUGUUCUGGGCCCUGCCUCCCAUUCCUAAGACUGGGCUCCUGUACAAUAGCUGCUAUAACAUUGUUCAAAUACCUUACCCCUUCUCAGCUCUGAUACUGCUAUAACCCUAGCACAGGCCCUCAUCACCUCAUGCCAAACCACCAAAGUAAUUUUUCUAAAGCAAAGGUCCAAUAAUAUCAAGCU